CAGCGGAGCGCGAGGAGGUGCUCCGGGAGAAGCGUGCGAGCGAGCGGCCUUCCCUCCCCUGCUCAGCCAUGGGCAACAGCGUGGCGCGGGAGGACUUCGAGUGGGUCUAUACGGACCAGCCGCACGCGGACCGGCGCAAGGAGAUCUUGAGCUAAACAUACCCAGUCUCUCCUCAUAAGGCAUGGUUUCCAAACCCUUCACUGUUUUGGCUGCUCUUCUCUGGACACACUCCAGCUUGUCAACAUCUUUUUUGAAUUGUGGUGCCCAGAACUGGACACUUGUAUCCUCAGAAGGUGCCUUAGAAUAGUGAUUCCCAAGCUUUUUUGGUAAACAUCCAGAAAUAAAAACCUUGAUGAAACCAGACUAUAAUGUAAUCUGGCUAGUUGUACUGAUGGUGUUUGCACAGCUGGUUGCUCUUUACCUGGUUAAAGAUUUGGACUGGAAGUGGGUUGUAUUUUGGUCCUAUGUGUUUGGCAGUUGCCUUGAUCAUUCCAUGACUCUGGCUAUUCACGAGAUUGCUCACAACAGUGCCUUUGGCAAUUCUAAAGCUUCAUGGAAUCGAUGGUUUGGAAUGUUUGCCAAUCUCCCACUUGGCUUCCCAUACUCGAUAUCUUUCAAGAGAUACCACAUGGAUCAUCAUCGUUAUCUUGGUGGCGAUGGGAUUGAUGUGGACAUUCCUACAGAUUUUGAAGGAUGGUUUUUCUGCACCCGUAUUCGGAAGCUCUUUUGGAUUAUUCUUCAGCCCUUGUUUUAUGCCAUUAGACCUCUCUCUAUUAAUCCUAAACCAAUCUCACGACUUGAAAUCAUCAAUUUGUCAAUUCAGUUUGUCUUUGAUGCUAUGGUAUACUAUGUCCUGGGAGUAAAAUCACUUUUCUAUUUGAUAGCAGGAGCAAUACUAGGGUUGGGUUUGCAUCCUAUUUCAGGACAUUUCAUAGCUGAACAUUACAUGUUUUUAAAGGGACAUGAAACAUAUUCCUACUAUGGGCCACUCAAUAAGCUUACAUUCAAUGUUGGCUACCAUAAUGAACACCAUGAUUUUCCUAAUGUUCCUGGAACAAGCCUUCCACUGCUGAAGAAGAUGGCCCCUGAAUACUAUGACCACCUGCCACAGUAUAACUCCUGGAUAAAAGUGCUUUAUGACUUUGUGAUGGAUGAUACUAUCAGCCCCUACUCACGGAUGAAAAGGCACCUUAAAGGAGAAGUAAAACAGGAAUGAACUAUCAGCAAAAAA